AUGGAAUCGAAGCCAUCAUGGAUUCAAGCAUGGUUGGCUUCACUAGAUCCCAUUUUGGGCAUCUAUGCUGACAAGUUCGAUGACUUUGGGUAUAACAGUGAGAACAUCCUCUCCCAGGCAGCCAAGGAGGACUUGGAGGCAGACUUGGCGGAGAUGUCCAUCAAGAAACCACACGGCCGCAUGAUCGUAAAGCAUCAUGCAAAGUUGCAGGAGGCUGCGGCAGAAACACCUAGCCCUCUCCGGGCACAGAUCUCCUCACAAGGGACUUGGGAAGCCAUCUUGCAAGAGUUGAUCCCUUGCCUGACAGACGUAGUGGACUUUCAGCACCUCGGCAUGAAAUUAUCAUGUCCUUCCGGCAAGUUUACCUCUAAGAGCCAGUGCGCGGACUACCUCAGGAAAGAUCUACCCCUUGCACAAGAGCUCGGCACCCGACGCAAGGUUUUCAUUCCCAUCAUGUGUCUGAGAUGGGCACAGGGCAAGAUCCAUGGGCAGAUGGUCUUCACAUCUGGUGAUUUUAAGGACAGGCAAGACUUGAGCAUGCAUCCUGACCGUUCCAUCUUCGAGCUUCUCGUGGAUUUGGCCACUGGGCGUCAGUCAGUCGCAGACAUUGAGCCCCUUGAGGUGGUUGUGGAGGACGGCACGUUGGAUGUGGUCGGCGGAAGCCGUCGGGCGACUGUCUUGAGAAUGCUUCAGGGCAUUUGGGGGCAUGCCACGGUACGUGCCCCAUGCCAUCUCUUCGCUCCCACGGACCCUAAAGUGGCUAGUCGGUUUCGUGCUAAAGACACACAAACAAAUGGCACGGGUAUCUUGUUUCAUGGGAGACAGCAGGAGGCAUGGCACAUGGGCAAGCCACUCUUUCGUUGUGCUCAAGAAUGGUGUGAUUGCCUGAACGAGCCAGUGCCACAGGAUUCUUCGUCAAUCGAGGCCGACGCUGGCACAGUUCCAAACAGAUCCCUUGACGCAUGCGGGCCCGUGAAUUGUGAAGCAGGACACUUGGACAUGCCACUCAAAAAAGCUGGAACCACCUACAGUGCAGGAAAUGAGCAGAAUGACUCUUGCCAAGACACUUUGCCAGCUAUUCCCAAGUUCAUGCAGCCCCAGGUGGAGGCGGAGUUCUCAACAUCAAUCAGAAAGACAGAAAGAGUAGAGUCCUUUGAGCUUGAAGCACAGCCCUCAGCUCAAAGCAAGGAUUCUCAAGAAGGCAGCGCAGCGGUACACGGUAUGGAUACUGUCGUCUGCUGCAUGUGGCUUCAAGGCAAGUGCUGGAAACAGGGCAAUCAUCGGCAUGGCAGGAAAUUGUUCUUGCAUGAGGAUGUGCCGGGAAUGGCUUGUGGAUUUGGCGACCAGUGCCUCUACCAGCACUACAAGUACAGAGUCGUACCAAAUGCAGACACCGCUGAAGGUUCUUCCACUGCCCAAGUGCCCCAUGGACAAUCAUGUGUGGAAACUGGGCACGAAACUCUUGAUCCGAGGGUGUUGCAAGUGGGCAUGGUCGUUUUCAUGGCGAGUUUAUGGUCCGAGUUUGGGGAAGUCAUUGAGAUCUCUCAUGACUCGAUCAAAGCAGCUGCCCCGAUCAAGGUGUGCGAUGUAUGGUCGCGGAAGACAGCCUGGUUUUCCAUUGAUAGUUUGCAAGUACCGGACUACUCAUCACUUUCACCGGGCUUGAGGGUAACUGUCAUAUGUGAAGACAAGAACUUCCUAUGUGAGAUCUUGCAGAUCUCUGAUGAGGUUUCCAGAGCAAGAGCCCCAGUUCACGUGAGCUACAACGGAUACACAAAAGCAGAUGCAGAAUGGGUCGGGGCUGACCGAUUACGUUCCAAGGCCUUGAAGUACGUUCACCCCCGAUUCCCUUCAGAGUUUCAGGUGGAUGCAGGGCCCAAAGCACACAGCAGAGCUUCUGAUCAUGGUGGUGCUGCUGUGGCAACUAGGGAGGAAACAUUUGUUUGCUGUCUGUGGCUUGAAGGCAAGUGCUGGCACGAAUGUGAACACUGGCUUGGAAAGAAGUUGUUCUUGCAUGAGGAUGUGCCCGGACUGGCCUGUGGGUUUGGUGACAAGUGCACUUACCUGCACCACAAGAACAGAAGAAUCCCAGCUAGAGACACCACAGAAGGCCUUGUUUGGAAGCCACUCCUCUGUGAUGAAUCAUGUGCGGAUGCUUCAGCGGAAAGUCUACAUCACUUGGUGUUGCAAGUCGGUAUGCUAGUCUUCUUCCAUAGCGGUCCAAAGCCGGAGUGUGGCAAAGUCAUCGAGAUCUCUCAUGACUCGAACGAAGCAGCUGCCCCAAUCAAGGUUUGCGGUGUAUGGUCACAGAAGACAGCUUGGUUUGCCAUUGAUCGUUUGCAAGUACCGGACUACUACUCGUCACUUGAACUGGGGAUGAGGGUAAAUGUGGUUUGCAAAGACAGGAGCUACGUGUGUAAGAUCAUCGAGAUCUCUUAUGAAGUUUCAAGAGCAAGCGCCCCGGUUCGGGUGAGCUACCAUGGAAGCACGUCAGCAGAGGAUGAAUGGGUCGGGGCUGACCGCUUGCGUGCGAAGGCCCUGAAAUAUGUUCAACCCCGUUUCCCUUCAAGAUUGCAGCUGGAGACACAGCCCGCAAUGCAAAUCAGCAGCGCUGAGAAUUGUGGAUUGCCAUUGCCCGGCAAGAACCUGCAGUCUUCAGACACGAGCUUGGCUGCGUUCGAGUUUCCAGCCAGUGCCCGUCCAGAACAAUUUGUGCAUACAGAAAGUACGAAUCAGGUCCACUCUGGAGGCGAGGCAGUAAUUGCCCCUGCUUUUCGAUCUUGUGAUUCUUUGCCCUGGCAUGCAGAAAUCGAUGAGGAUGCUAUCAUCCUGGAUCGGGCCAUUGAGGCUGUGGCCAUGGCCUUGAAGGAAGAGGGACAAGGAGGUCCCAGGCAGCGCCUACUUGAACAGGCUCUUGGUCCUCUCGCGGCUUCAUCUUUGGUCGGGUGUGUUUUGGCCCAGCAUGGGUGGACCGGGAGUCAUUUUUCUCUGGCACCAGAGCUUCAAAAGCUGUAUGAUCACCUUGUGAAGACGCGGUCUGACUUGUUUGAGGGUGGUUCCAGUUGCGCGGGCGUUGACUAUGACUCGGAUGCCGAGCUCCCAGCCGAGGCUUCAGAGGUAUUUCUUGAAGUGGAGAAUGAUGCGGCCUCCAGCUGUGCCAUGCAAGCAGACAGUUUGGAUGAGAUAAUUGACAGGCAGCAGAACACGAUCAACAAGCUCACUGGGACAUUGAUUUGUGGCACCUUCCGUUGUGUAGCAGCUAGCUCAGAAGGAAAGCUCAAGCACUGUGGUGAGGUCAUCGUGGAGCGCGGUCCCGCUCCUCUUCUGGGCUGCAAAGUUCGGAUUCCUGCAGGCAAGAGUCGGGGCAAUGCUUGGGACUGCGACCGCUGCUAUGUGCGUAUUCUCGUGGCCGCAGUCUCAGUUUUGUGA